CGACUGUGGUAUUAUUGUCAGUAACCGGUGAACGUGUGAGGGGAUCUGAAGUGAAUCUAAGGCAGGAUCUGCUAUUGGAAAGAAUUUAUAACGACGAAUUGGCGGUCUUCAAUUGACUGGUGCGAAUUGCUGAAAACUGAGCUGAGGUUAGAAUGGCGCGUGCAAAUGGUGAAGAGGGCAGUUUGGCGGGGAACCUGCUGGCGCUGCUGGAGUCCGGGGUCGGCGCAGACGUGACGCUGGUCGCCGGGGAGUCGGAGCUGCCGGCCCACAGCACCAUCCUGGCAGCGAGGAGCCCCGUGUUCGCCGCGAUGCUGCGCCACGACACCCGGGAAGCCCACACCGGCCGCGUGGAGGUGCCCGGCGUCCGGGAGGCGGUGCUGAGGCAGCUGGUGCGCUUCGUCUACACGGACACGGCUCCGCAGCUGCAGAGCAUGGCGGCGGAGCUGCUGCCCGCCGCGGACAAGUACGACCUGCCGCUGCUGAAGAGGCGGUGCGAGCAGGCGCUGGCUCGCAGCCUCACCGUGGAGAACGCCGCCGCCGCGGCCGUCCUCGCCGAGCUGCACUCCUGCCCGCUGCUCAAGAGCGCCGCCGUGGACUUCGUCGCGAGCCAUCCCCAGGUGAUGGCCACUGAAGGCUGGAAAAAUGCGCUGCUGCAUGACGUCGAGGUGGCAGCUGAAAUUUGUAGUUUGGUGGCGGCGGCGUCAUCGAAAACGAGGUCUGUAUCCGAGGAUGACGAUGAUAAGUUAGCGGAGGAACUGAUCGAGGCAGCUGAAGACGGCGAACACAACGAAGUUCGGAAACUGAUUGCGGAAGGGGCUCCUCUGGACGCGAAGGACGGCAGUGGGGACAGCGCACUGCACUGCGCUGCACUGGAAGGGCACGCGGAGGUGGUGAGGUGCUUGGUGUAUGCGGGGGCAAACGUGAACACGAGGAACUCCGGCCGGCAGACGCCUCUGCACUACGCCGCUUUCAGAGGCCACGUGGAGGUCAUGUGGGUGCUGCUGGGCGCUUCGGCACGUGCAGACGCGCAGGACGACAAGCAGCAGACGCCUCUGCACUUGGCUGUGGCCGCGGCGCGCCUCGGAGCCGUGAAGGUGCUGCUGGCGGCCGGCGCCUCCAAGUUCAAGAAGGACCUCAACGACAACGACCCCAAGCAGCUGGCCAACUCUUCCAUCAGAGAUAUAUUCGACGUUUUGUAACUGCGGCAGUUUUUUUUCAUCUUCUGCCAGCGAAUUUCAUAAUAAAAAAAAGUCUUUCAUUCCUCCUUUCUAGCUGCUGACACCUACUUACCUAUAUAAACUAUCUGGCCCGGCGAACUCUGUUCCGCCUUAAAGCCAAUAAAUAAUCAAUUUUUGAUGUCAAGUUCAAUUUUUUUAUUAGGAAAUACAUAUAAAAAACAAA